AUGAAUCUAACAUACCACGCUCUAGUUGCGCAGACGGUGCUGGGGCUGGCCUCGGCUGCCCAAAAACUGCAGCCAUGGACCUUUUCUCCCCUGCCUGUCGGCGACGUCAAGCCGACCGGGUGGCUGCUCGGCGAGAUGCAAGCCAUGGCUACUGGUCUGCCCGGCCACGAGCAUGACUUUUACAUCUUCGUGAACCAGUCCUCCUGGCUGAACAAGCCCGGUGCCGGCGGCUCCGAGUACAGCAGCCUCAACGAGGCCCUCCCGUAUUGGUUCAACGGCCUCGUGCCCACCGCCUACCAGCUCGACGACGCCCGGCUCAAGGGCCAAGUCCACGACGUCGCCGACACGGUCCUCGGCUUUCAGACCGACGACGGCUGGAUCGGCCCCGAGACGGGCGACAAGCGCAAUUUCUGGGCCCGCGCCCCUUUCUUCCUCGGUCUCAUCCAGCUCGCCGAGGCGGAUAAGCAGUGGGAGGACCGCAUCGUCAAGGCACUGCACAAGUUCUUCCAGCUCGGCAACAAGAUGCUGCACAACGACAGCCAAGGCUUCAACCGCUGCUCCGGAGACGUCGACUGCACGUGGGGCAGGGUGCGCGUCGCCGACAUGAUCAUCACCAUCCAGUGGCUGCUGGAGAAGCAUCCCCUCAACGUUGACCAGCUCUGGGACACCAUGCGCAUGUUUUACGACCAAACAGACUACAAGUGGGAUAAUUGGUACGAUCCUGCCACAUACCGCAAGGUUGUCAACCCCGACGACAAGAACAUCACCCAGUACAUCCACGGUCUCAAAGCCUCGAGUGUCGUGUGGCGCUUCAAGGGCGAUAAUUACUUCCGUCAGCGCAGCAGGGACGCCGUAGACUUGACCUUCAAGUACCACGGCAGUGCCUCUGGCUCCAUCCUCGCCGAUGAGUGGCAGCGCGACGACUCGCAAUACAUUGGCAGUGAGCUUUGCACCGCCGUAGAGACUUCCUACUCCCUGGCAUACAUGUACCAGGUCCUCGGAGACAACAACUUUGCCGAUCGCGCCGAGACAACCGUGUUCAACGCCAUGCCAGUCAUGAUGACGGGCGACAAGUGGGCGCAUCAGUACAUGUCGUCUCCCAACAUGCCGUUUGCCGUCAGCACAAUCCAGCCCGACGGCACCGUGCCGCCCAUCUUCACCACGGCCAACAGCGGUGUCGCCACGACGUACGGCAUGGAACCCUUGUAUCCGUGCUGCACGGUCAACCACCCCCAGGGCUAUCCCAAGUUUGUCUCCAACAGCUGGGUAGCGGUUGGCUCCAAGGGUCUCGGACACGCUCUUCUCGGCCCUACCAAGGUCUCGACCAAGGUCAACGGCGGCGACGUGUCCAUUGAGUGCACCACCAAUUAUCCAUUUACCAACUCGCUGUCCUACAGCAUUACUGCCUCGAAGGACUUUGACCUGUAUCUCCGUGUGCCCGAGUGGAUGAACUUGAAGUCUUCCUCGCUCUCUGUGGCUCAAGCAGCGGACGGUGAUAAGGGCGCGACUACUGCUGCGAUUGACGUCCACGCAAGCGACGAUAGCACAGGCAUGCAGCAGAUUUCAAUCUCCAAGGGAACCACGACAGUCAGCUACAGCCUCGGCAUCGGCCCGCGAGUCGAGCAGCUCGUCGACGACACUGUAGCCAUCUACUACGGCAACCUGCUUUAUGCGCUCGACGUCGGCUAUACCAAGACGACUAGCCUCCCGCACGCAUACUUUGACCCUCGAGGGCCAGGUCUCAGCGGCCUGCCGUUUAAGGAGCUGCGGGACGAGUUUAUCAACAGCACCAAGGAGUGGAACGUCGCGAUUGACCCGUCGACGAUCAAGUACAGCGGCGUCGGAGCCACGGACAAGAUGGCGAACCCCAUCUUUGAACACGACGCGCCGGCCAACUUCAUGACGGUGGACGGGUGCCAGAUCAAGUGGGAUCUGAAGAUGGGCGUGCUGCCGGAUCGAGUGCCGAAGGAUCGAAAGUGUAUCUCGGAGAGGAAGACAUACCGGCUGAUUCCGUACGGGGCGGCCAAGGUGCACAUGUCACAUAUUCCGACUGUGACGCUGUAG